AUGUUCCCUACAAAUAGUGUAAACGUGAAGGCUUUAAAUAGUAUUUCGCUUCCUAUUGAGAAGAAAAUCGAGCAAGUGAAGGACGUAAAAAAUGACGAAAUGGAACAUGUGAAUGCAGAUAUAGUUCAAGAAGCUAUUGAGGCUGAGAUAGCUAAUAAGAAGGCAACGGAGGCUAAGACGGCUUAUGAAAUAGCAGCUAAGGUUGAGAGAUUGAGGAUUAAGGAGAUCAUGGAUGCAGCUAUAGUCCAAGAAGACAUUAAGGAACGUGAAGAUGGUGAUUCAGAUUUUAAGGUAGACGGUGGUUUAGGCACUAAGAAAGACGGAAUGGAUGAGUCGACAGACAAAGAAGUCAAGGAAAUCGAGAAAGGGAUAGAAGCUGAUAUCAAGAAGACACCAAUUAUGCCGCCACCUCCCCUAUUAAGAUCUACAACUCGAAGGUUGAAACGAGCCGAAGCAGUAGCAAUAUUGGCUGCUUCGAAUUCAAGUGGUAACGAAAUUACUGUUACUCCAAAGCGUGGUUCAAAGCGUAUUAAAUUAACGCCUAAAGCGCUCGAGAAGAUUAUGUUACAGAAUCAAAAUAUUAAUAAGAAAUGA